AAAGCCCAUCAAAGAAAGUUUCUCAACUUUCCCAAUUCCAAUACACACAAAAAAUACAAACAAAACUUUGCUCUUCUCCUCCGCAGCUUCAUUCAUCACUGAAACAAUUUUCUACAAAAUCGCAUUUCUCAUCUUACCGGAGCUCUUCUCAGUUCUCCGAUCAUCACCGUCAUCAUGUACAGAUGUGCAUCUUCUCGCCUCAGUUCUUUUAAGGCACGUCAAGGCAACAGGGUCUUGACAAGAUUUUCAAGUUCAGCUGCUGUUGCAACCAAGCCAUCUGGGGGCCUUUUUAGUUGGAUAACUGGUGAUACGUCAAGUUCAGUGACUCCCUUGGACUUCCCCCUCAAUGAUGUUAAACUCUCGCCACCAUUACCUGAUUAUGUAGAACCUGGAAAGACUCGGAUAACAACUCUCACUAAUGGUCUCAAAGUGGCCUCUGAAGCAUCAGUGAACCCUGCUGCCUCAAUUGGCCUAUAUGUUGACUGUGGCUCUAUUUACGAGACACCAGCUUCAUACGGAGCCACACACCUCUUGGAACGCAUGGCCUUCAAAAGCACAUUAAACCGGAGCCACUUGCGUAUUGUACGAGAAAUUGAAGCAAUUGGUGGUAAUGUUACAGCUUCAGCCUCACGAGAGCAUAUGAUCUAUACUUAUGAUGCUUUGAAAACUUAUGUACCACAAAUGGUGGAGAUGCUUGUUGACUGUGUUAGAAAUCCUGCAUUCCUGGAUUGGGAAGUUAAAGAACAGCUUGAGAAGGUUAAAGCUGAGAUUAGUGAGUACUCCAAAAACCCUCAACACUUGCUUUUGGAGGCAGUUCAUUCUGCCGGUUAUGCUGGUCCAUAUGGGAAUUCUCUGAUGGCCACAGAAGCUACAAUAAACAGGUUGAACAGCACAGUGCUGGAGGAGUUUGUAGCUGAGAAUUAUACUGCUCCUCGGAUGGUUCUUGCUGCAUCUGGUGUUGAACAUGAAGAUUUCUUAAAAGUUGCAGAACCUCUUCUGUCUGAUUUACCUAAGGUGGCCGUCACUGAGGAGCCUAAAUCUGUGUAUGUGGGAGGAGAUUACCGUUGUCAAGCCGAUGCAGAGAUGACUCAUUUUGCCCUUGCCUUUGAAGUUCCCGGUGGCUGGCUGUCUGAAAAAGAAUCAAUGACUUUAACAGUUCUUCAGAUGCUUAUGGGAGGAGGUGGAUCUUUUUCAGCUGGUGGUCCUGGAAAAGGAAUGUACUCAAGAUUAUAUCUUCGUGUCUUAAAUCAGUAUCCGCAGAUGCAUGCAUUCUCUGCAUUCAGCAGCAUUUAUAAUAACACUGGAUUAUUUGGAAUUCAAGGAACUACGAGCUCUGAUUUUGGGCCUCAAGCUGUUGAUGUAGCAGUUAAAGAGCUUAUUGCAGUAGCAAACCCUGGUGAAGUUGACCAAGUACAGCUAAACCGUGCUAAACAGGCAACAAAGUCUGCCAUUCUGAUGAAUUUGGAAUCUCGGAUGGUUGCAUCAGAAGAUAUCGGCAGACAACUUUUGACAUAUGGAGAGAGGAAACCAGUGGAGCAUUUCUUGAAAGCCAUUGAUGCAGUUUCAGCAAAAGAUAUUGCUUCCGUUGUGCAGAAGCUUAUUUCUUCUCCUCUGACCAUGGCAUCCUAUGGAGAUGUUCUUUCCCUCCCAUCAUACGAUGCAGUCAGCAGCAGGUUCCAUUCCAAAUAAGUCAAUUGUCAACUACGAAGUACAUGAGGGGGACUUUCAUGCUGUCAUUUUUUAGGUUUUUAGAAAAUCUUUACGCCUGUGGCUGUAAUUCGUGGAAAAUAAGAGGGGUUACAAGCUAUCGAUAAUUCAGCUGUGUCAAAAGCUUUGAGAUAAGGAGCAUCUGGGCACAUGCUUUUUUCUGUAUACAUUUUGUAAUUCAUUCAGCUUUCUUUGAUAUUUGAUGACAUAAUGUCACUAGGGCAUUACUGUUGCAGCUGGAAGUCAUCAGAUUUCACUUGUUAACAAUUUUGAGAAUUCCUCUUAACCCAAAAUUGGAAGAAAUACUAUGUUCAUCUUAAA